AUGAAGACCACCAUCAUCUCUACCGCAGCGGUGCUCUCCCUCGCUUCCAGCGGCCUCGCACAAACCAGCGAGCAGUCGGAGCCAUUCCAGCUCAUCAUCAAGAGUGCCGACAAGAGAAUUGAUGGCAAAAUCCUCGAGGCGUGCCACGAGGGUGCGGCCAUUGAAGGUCUUUGCACUGUCAACGCCGAAAAGCCUACAGCAUACAACACCUUCCAAUUCAACACCACCUCAGGACAAACCAUUUCCGACAAGAACCUUGGGCCAACUGGCCUCUUGACCUUUGAACUCCAGGCUGACAAGCUGAAUGAGUCCGAACCCCUCACCUUCUUCUCCGACCCUUCGACGAACGUGGCUCUCCCACUCUUCGAGCCAACGCAAACCGGCCAGCAAGUCGGUUUCGACACGGCCAACUGCAUGCACGUGCAGUCCUCCCUCGACGACACCGUGAACCCACCAACGAGCACAAAAGUCCGUGGACUGUACCGCUGGUAUGUCUGCAAGACGAACUUCGAGGGCUACGUCUACGAGACCUUGGCUUGGGUGUUGGGCAAUGGCAAGCCGGAGAACCCAUCUUGUCAGAAGGUCGAUGUUGUUCGCCAGUUUGAAAAGAUCUAG